CCCGCACCACCACGCUACCUCUAAUCCGCGUCAUUAUUUCGUCGUAAUCACGUGAUUAAGCUUCCUAAGCUCCCUUAGCUCCGCGCCAUGCCGCCGUCCAGUCUCCGGCCUCAAAGAGUCUUCCGGUUCGGCAAGGGCAAGAGCGAAGGGAACAAGGACAUGAAAGCCUUGCUGGGAGGGAAAGGGGCGAACCUGGCGGAGAUGGCGAGCGUCGGGCUGUCGGUGCCGCCGGGGCUGACGGUGUCGACGGAGGCGUGCCAAGAGUACCAGCAGGGAGGAGGAGGCCGCCGGCUGCCGACGGGGCUGUGGGAGGAGAUACUGGAGGGGCUGAGCGGCAUGGAGGCGGAGAUCGAUCGCCAGUUCGGAGACGCUUCCCGGCCGCUUCUCGUCUCCGUGCGCUCCGGUGCAGCGGUGUCGAUGCCGGGGAUGAUGGACACCGUAUUGAAUUUGGGGUUGAACGACGAAGUGGUGGCGGGAUUAGCAGAAAAGGGUGGUGACAGAUUUGCCUACGACUCUUAUCGUCGCUUCUUGGAUAUGUUCGGAGAUGUGGUGAUGGGGAUUCCUCAUUCUCUGUUCGAAGAGAAGCUUGAAGCCCUGAAGAAAGCAAAAGGGGCGGAGCAGGACACCGACCUCGAUGCCGGCGAUCUGAAAGAGUUGGUCGGCCUCUACAAGAAUGUAUACGUCGAGGCCAAAGGAGAGCAGUUCCCCACCGAUCCGAGGAAGCAGUUGUAUCUUGCUGUGAUCGCGGUGUUCGACUCAUGGGACUGCCCCAGGGCGAGGAAGUAUAGGAGCAUCAACCAGAUCAAGGGGCUCAAGGGGACUGCGGUAAAUGUGCAGUGCAUGGUGUUUGGAAACAUGGGGGACACCUCUGGGACUGGAGUUCUUUUCACGCGAAACCCGAGCAACGGCGAGAAGAAGCUCUACGGGGAGUUCCUUUACAAUGCUCAAGGUGAAGAUGUGGUUGCCGGAAUCAGAACACCACAACAUAUAGACGCUAUGAAGGAGUGUGUCCCAAAAGCCUAUGAUGAGCUAGUCGAGAACUGUGAGAUCUUGGAAAGGCAUUAUAAAGACAUGAUGGAUAUUGAAUUUACUGUCCAGGAGAAUAGGCUUUGGAUGCUACAGUGCCGAGUAGGAAAGCGCACUGGCAGAGGUGCAGUAAAGAUUGCAGUUGACAUGGUCAAAGAAGGCCUUGUUGACACUCGUUCUGCUAUUAAGAUGGUGGAGCCUGGUCAUGUCGACCAGCUCCUUCAUCCACAGUUUGAGGAUCCAUCUGCCUACAAGGAUAAAGUGAUUGGAACAGGAUUGCCUGCAUCACCAGGAGCUGCAGUUGGUCAAAUUGUCUUUACUGCUGAGGAUGCUGAAGCAUGGCAUGCUCAGGGAAAGGCUGUUAUUUUGGUGAGGACAGAGACUAGCCCAGAGGAUAUUGGUGGAAUGCAUGCAGCUGAAGGUAUACUAACAGCCAGAGGUGGUAUGACUUCUCAUGCUGCUGUUGUAGCACGUGGUUGGGGAAAAUGUUGUAUAUCUGGCUGCUCUGAUAUCCGAGUAAAUGAUUCCAACAAGGUUGUUGUUGUUGGAGGUAAUGUAUUCAAAGAAGGCGAGUGGCUGUCACUUAAUGGAACGACAGGAGAAGUAAUCUUGGGGAAGCAAUCACUUUCUCCUCCAGUUCUCAGUGGUGACCUGGAAACCUUUAUGUCUUGGGUUGAUGAGAUAAGGCAACUAAAGGUCAUGGCAAAUGCUGAUACACCUGAUGAUGCACUAACAGCGAGAAACAAUGGUGCACAAGGAAUUGGGCUUUGUCGGACGGAACACAUGUUCUUUGCUUCGGAUGAGAGGAUAAAGACUGUUCGACAAAUGAUAAUGGCACCAAAUACAGAACAAAGACAGACAGCGUUAAAUCUCCUCUUGCCUUAUCAGAGAUCAGAUUUUGAGGGGAUCUUUCGUGCCAUGGAUGGGUUUCCGGUGACUAUCCGGCUGUUAGAUCCUCCACUGCAUGAAUUUUUGCCAGAGGGUAACAUUGAGGAAAUUGUUCGUGAUAUGGUCUCAGAAACUGGUGCAAAAGAAGACGAAGUUUAUGCAAGAGUGGAGAACCUUUCUGAAGUGAAUCCCAUGCUUGGUUUCCGUGGUUGCAGGCUUGGCAUAUCCUACCCAGAGUUGACAGAGAUGCAAGCACGUGCUAUAUUUGAAGCUGCUAUAUCUAUGACCAAUCAAGGUGUGACAGUUUUUCCAGAGAUAAUGGUACCUCUGGCUGGAACACCUCAGGAAUUGGAGCAUCAAGUGAGUCUGAUAAGGGAGAUAGCCAAGAAAGUCUUCUCUGAGACAGGAACCACUAUAGGCUACAAGGUUGGAACAAUGAUUGAGGUUCCAAGAGCUGCUCUUAUUGCAGAUGAGAUUGCUGAACAGGCAGAGUUCUUUUCUUUUGGAACAAAUGAUCUCACACAAAUGACAUUUGGUUACAGUAGGGAUGAUGUUGGAAAAUUUCUUCCAAUCUACUUGGCCACAGGCAUCCUCCAAAAUGAUCCAUUUGAGGUUCUUGACCAGCAAGGUGUAGGCGAGCUAAUUAAGGUUGCUGUUGAAAGAGGUCGAAGAGCUAGACCUGAUUUAAAGCUAGGGAUAUGUGGUGAGCAUGGUGGAGAGCCCUCUUCUGUUGCUUUCUUUGCUAAAGUUGGCCUAGACUAUGUCUCAUGUUCUCCUUACAGGGUCCCAAUUGCAAGGCUUGCAGCUGCUCAAGUGGUUGUAUGACAGAGAAGAGAUUUAGGCAGGGAGUUACUUUACCCACUUGCUAAAUUAUUGCUUUUGUUUAAUGCGGUCCAAUUGUUGGACAUCUCGCACAUUUUCUUUCUCCAUAAAAAAGAACGAAAAAAAAAAAUAAAAACAGUGUGGGUUGUGAAUUAGAAGUGUGGUGUUGUCACCUAGGAGGGAAUUUUAUGGCAGUGGUCGUGUCAUGGUUCCCUUGAUCCUUCUGUAAUUCAUGAAGCAUUUCUCGAGAAGAAAUAAAAUCAUGCAAAUUGGCGACGCCAAAA